AUGGAGGAACCGGACACCGAGGAACCGGACCUGGAGGAACCGGACAUGGAGGAACCGGACACCGAGGAACCGGAUGAGGAACGGGAUGAGGAACCGGACCUGGAGGAACCGGACAUGGAGGAACCGGACACUGAGGAACCGGAUCUGGGACCGGACCUGGAGGAACUGGACACUGAGGAACCGGACCUGGAGGAACCGGACCUAGGACCGGACCUGGGACCAGACCUGGAGGAACCGGAUGAGGAACCGGACGUGGAGGAACUGGACAUGGAGGAACCGGACAUUGAGGAACUGGACCUGGGACUGGACAUGGAGGAACUGGACACUGAGGAACUGGACCUGGGACUGGACAUGGAGGAACCGGACACUGAGGAACCGGACGAGGAACCGGAUCUGGGACCGGACCUGGGACCAGACCUGGGACUGGACAUGGAGGAACCGGACAUGGAGGAACCGGACGAGGAACCAGACCUGGGGCUGGACCUGGAGGAACCGGACAUCGAGGAACCGGAUGAGGAACGGGACCUGGAGGAACGGGACCUGGGACCAGAUCUGGGACUGGACAUGGAGGAACCGGACACUGAGGAACCGGACCUGGAGGAACUGGACAUGGAGGAACCAGACCUGGGGCUGGACCUGGAGGAACCGGAUGAGGAACCGGGCAUGGAGGAACCGGACAUGGAGGAACCAGACAUGGGACCGGACCUGGGGCUGGACCUGGGACCAGACCUGGGACCAGACCUGGAGGAACCGGACGAGGAACCGGAUCUGGGACCGGACCUGGAGGAACUGGACACUGAGGAACCGGACCUGGGACCGGACCUGGAGGAACCGGACAUGGAGGAACCGGAUGAGGAACCGGACAUGGAGGAACCGGACAUGGAGGAACCGGACAUGGAGGAACCGGAUGAGGAACGGGACCUGGAGGAACGGGACCUGGGACCAGAUCUGGGACUGGACAUGGAGGAACCGGACACUGAGGAACCGGAUGAGGAACCGGGCAUGGAGGAACUGGACCUGGGGGAACUGGACCUGGAGGAACCGGACACUGAGGAACUGGACAUGGAGGAACCGGACCUGGGACCAGAGCUGGGACCGGACCUGGAGGAACCAGACAUGGAACUGGACCUGGAGGAACCAGACCUGGGACCGGACUUGGGGCUGGACCUGGAGGAACCAGACUUGGAACUGGACAUGGAGGAACCAGACGAGGAACCGGACCUGGGACCGGACCUGGGACCGGACCUGGGACUGGACACUGAGGAACCGGACUCAGCUCUGGACAUGGGACCGGACACCGGACCAGACUCAGAACCGGACACGGAACCAGGCUCGGAACCAGACAUGGAACUGGACACUGGACCAGACCCAAAACUGGACACUGGACUGGACUCAAAACCGGACUCGGAACCGGACACCGGACCGGACUCAGAACUGGACACAGAACCGGACACUGAACUGGACCCAAAACCAGACAUGGAACCGGACACUGAACUGGACUCAGAACCGGACAUAGAACUGGAAACUGGACUGGACUCAAAACCGGACACUGGACCGGACACGGAACCGGACUCAGAACCAGACAUGGAACCGGACUCAAAACCGGAUUCAAAACUGGACACUGGACCGGACUCGGAACCGGACGCUGGACCGGACCCAAAACUGGACACUGGACCGGACUCGGAACCGGACACUGGACUGGACUCAAAACUGGACACUGGACUGGACUCAAAACCGGACACUGGACCGGACUCAAAACUGGACACCGGACCGGACCCAAAACUGGACACUGGACCGGACUCAGAACCAGACACUGGACUGGACUCAAAACCGGACACUGGACCGGACUCGGAACCGGACACUGGACUGGACUCAAAACUGGACACUGGACUGGACUCAGAACCGGACUCAAAACUGGACUCGGAACUGGACGCGGCCGCGGCGGCGCCGGACAGCGCGAGGGCGGCUCCGGCCAGCGCGGCCAGGACGGGCAACGGCGGCAGCUGA